UAAUCUAUGCCCCGGAAGUACUUCAUCGGGCUCCGCCUUCAGCUGCUCUUAGCUGUGCGUGGUGGCCCGCUGCUUCCUUUCCUCUUCCGCCGCCGUAGCGUCUUCCCUCAGUAAAGGAUCUCUCUGCUCUCUCCAAAGACGCCUGCACUCCUGAGGUCCCUCAAACUUCCAACAUGCAGAACGACGCCGGCGAGUUCGUGGAUCUGUAUGUGCCGCGGAAAUGCUCUGCGAGCAACAGGAUCAUCGGAGCCAAGGAUCACGCGUCCAUCCAGAUGAACGUGGCCGAGGUUGAUAAGGUCACAGGCAGGUUCAAUGGCCAAUUUAAGACAUAUGCAAUUUGUGGAGCAAUUCGUAGAAUGGGAGAAUCUGAUGACUCUAUUCUCCGGCUGGCAAAAAAUGAUGGUAUUGUCUCAAAGAACUUCUAAUUGGAGAAGUCUUAUGGAAUGUUUGUCUUAAUAAACAAGAAAAGCAGUA